AUGUCAUUUGGGCUGAGCUUGAAGCCUUCAAACUUGCCCGAGAAGACCUUAGCGUUCACGAACCGGUGCUAUGCGAACCAGACGGAUGUGGAGAGGCUAUGUGGUGCUGGUGCUGGCGCCAGGUACGUAGAGGUAAAAAGCUGUGUUUUUAGCAUCGAGGCACACAGGCUUAUGGAACCCGGGACCAUUGCCUUCAACAAGGUGCAGCGAGAGUUUGCCAAGAUUGGGCUGAAUCAAGAGGUUUUCGUGAAGCAGUUCCUGAUUCCAAAGGGCUUCGAUUUGGGCACGUGCAAGAUGGAAGUGGACUUCUUCGUGAAGCCUACUCCCGACACUCCCAGGUUAGAGAUCAGAGACGAGGAGCUGGAUGCUUUGAUCAGGAAGAGUUUCGAGUCUCAAGUCGUUGCCAUUGGUCAAACGAUCGCGGUUGAUUACAACGGCCAGCUUCUAAAGUUCGAUGUGCGCAGUUUGAUGCCUCCGGAUUUGGGGGACGGCGUGGCGAGGAACAAAGUGAGUUCCGGGAUGCUCGCCUCCCUCACGGAGUUGGACUUUCAGCAGGGACCGUCUGGUAAGCUCCAUGUGCUUUCCAACAAAGUGCAACAGAGAAAUAUAUUCAGACCAGAUUUCAAUUUCGAAGACCUGGGCAUCGGUGGCUUGAGCAAGCAGUUCGGAGACAUUUUCAGACGAGCUUUUGCUGCGCGUAUCUUCCCACCUCACAUGGUCCGCGACCUAGGCAUCAACCACGUGCGUGGGAUGUUACUCUACGGACCGCCGGGUACAGGUAAGACCUUGAUUGCCAGGAAGCUUGCCAAGUUUCUAAAGGCAGCAGAGCCAAAGAUCGUAAACGGACCGGAGGUUCUGAACAAGUACGUGGGCCAGGCAGAGGAGAACAUCCGGAAUCUUUUCGCCGAUGCCGAAAAAGAUGAGAAGACCCUCAGAGAGAACUCACCCUUACACGUCGUCAUCUUCGAUGAGAUUGACUCGAUUUGCAAGUCGCGGGGCUCAACUCGCGACGGCACAGGAGUACAUGACAGCAUUGUGAACCAGCUGCUGUCCAAAAUUGAUGGCGUGGACUCGUUGAACAAUAUCUUACUCAUCGGUAUGACGAACAGAAAAGACCUAAUCGACGAAGCCUUGUUGCGGCCAGGGCGACUGGAAGUUCACGUGGAAAUCAGUCUUCCGGAUGAGCAUGGACGCAUUGAGAUUCUGAACAUUCACACGAAAUCCAUGCGAGACAAGGGCUACUUGGACCAAGAUGUGUUGAUUCCAGAGAUCGCCGCGCGGUCAAAGAACUUCUCAGGGGCAGAGCUCGAGGGCCUCAUCCGCUCUGCAACGUCUUAC